UUUAUUUGUAGAAAUAAAACUCUUUUAAGUAGUUAAAACUCACUAUAAUAUCUAUCUAUCAUAAUAACACCAAAAUUUAUAUCUCACAUAGUUAUAUUUAAACUCAGACACACAAUAUCAGUACAUAGCACGAUUAUUGGGAAAGUAAAAUUAUUCAUCAUAUACAAUGGAUACUCCUAGUGAUUUUAAUGAAACUGCAAGAAUUAAAUCAACUGAUAUGCCGGAGUCAAUGCAAAGUGUAGCAGUUGAUUGUUGUGCUGCUGCAUGUGAACGAUUUUCCGAGGAUAGAGAGAUAGCUAAGUAUAUUAAAAAAGAAUUUGAUAAACGUUUCGGUGGUACAUGGCAAUGUGUAGUUGGCAAACGAUUUGGAUGUUAUGUAUCGCAUAAAGAGAAGAAUUUUAUAUACUUUCAUUUAAAAUUCAACGCUGUACUACUGUAUCAAGCAGUACAACAACAUCCAUCGUCAUCAACAGUAUCCUCAUGAGACAGACAAUAAGAAACCAGAUACUGCUCAAUGUUCAACUAUUUUAUUUAGAAGUACAGGCGAACAAAUAAACGCGGUUUUCUACAGAUGAACAAAAGAACUAUGUUAUACUCUAUGCGUGUGCGUGUGCGUGUGCGUGUGUAUUGAUCUGUUUUUAUUUAAUUUUUUUAAAAUUUCUCAUCAGUUCACAUCAGUAUUGUCUUCUUACGUCACUGCUCAUUGUGUCAUCACUACAUGUGUCUAGCUGCUAGCAUAGAUCGCCUUUUUAUUCCUAUCGAAACAGUAUAUGUAUAAUGGAUUUUAUUUAAUGAGAUAACACGCACGUAGUAUUGCGCAGACACAAACACACACACCCACCGCCCACACACUUACAUACAUGCAAACACUUGAAGAAGUAUUACAAUGUCGUUUUCCCUUUCAUAUUAUUACAUUUGAUAAUGUAUUACAUCACUAUACUGAAUAUGGCUUGUAUGGAUGGCUGCUAGGCGAGAAAAAGUGAGUGAGUGAGUGAGUUAGCGAGCGGGCUGGCUGGCUGGCUGGCGACACAGAGAAAGACAGAGGCAGUGAGUAGAUGACGUCAUCAAAUAAAAAUAUGUUUCAAACACUUAUCCCUCCCUGUUUUUCUGUCGCGUCUUUUCUCUCUGUCGUUCUCAUUCUCCUUUCAGCACCACCACCCCCACGACUACCUACCUUCUCAUUCAGCUAUUCACUGUCUUUCUGUGUGUUUUUGUCUGUAUGUGUGUCGACGUAUGCGUGUGAUAUUCUCCCUUUUAACAUUAAGUCGUUCUUUUGUUUAUUGCAGUUUUCGUUGAUGUAACAGUCUUUUAUUUGUUGUUGUUAUUAUUCUUCAAUAUUUUCUUAUUUUUCGUCUUUUUUUGUAUUUUAUCGAUCAGAUUUCCUCAGUGUUUGAGAAUAGCUUAUAUAUAGAUAUACACAUAUCUGUUUAAUAUUUUGGUGAAUAUUACAGUUUAACAUGUAUAGAAAUAA